CCGCCUCAUUGCGAGCGAAGCGAAGAGAGGAGCAGCACCGCGGCACCGGCAGCUUCGCUUCACUGCAGACACCGGGUUUUUAAGGCCAGCCCUGACCCGCCUGCCUCCCGUUCAGAUAUUUUUUUUUCUCUAUUUUUUUCUUCAUUUUAUAUUCGAAUUAUUUUUUAAAAUAUAUUUUUUUAGAAAGCUAUAUAUUUUUUUUUCAUUGCACCCAGACACAAACCUAGCGGCAGCGCUCGCCCUCGCUCUCCCCGAGCGGCGGUAUUUGUGCCAUUCCUGCCGGCUUUGUGCCCUGAAGCCCCGUCCCUCCUCUUCCUCCUCCCCUUCCUCCUCCGAAAAGCCUUCCCGAGACUCCGAGGAGCAUCCGAGCAGCAUCCGAGCUUAUUCAAACCAUCCCUCAAAGCGACGUCUGCAAGAAAAACCUAUUUUUAUUUUUUUUUUAAAUUACGAUUUUUUCCCCUCUUUUUUUUUUUAAAUUUUUUUUCUCCUCCCUCCUCCCCCGCAAACGCAUCAAGGUGGACGAGGAGCGCAAAAAGACCUUUGUUUUAAACAUGCCCAUGGAGCUGACGCAAAGCCGCAUCCAGAAGAUUUGGCUUCCCAAUGACAACCGCCCGGCGCUGCCCCGCCGCUCCUGUGGGCCACAGCUUGCCAACUCCCCCACUGUGAUAGUGAUGGUUGGCCUCCCAGCCCGUGGGAAGACCUACAUCUCCAAGAAGCUGACUCGCUACCUCAACUGGAUUGGUGUCCCAACAAAAGUUUUCAAUGUGGGAGAGUAUCGCCGGGAGGCGGUGAAGCAUUACAGCUCCUAUGACUUCUUUCGUCCUGACAAUGAGGAGGCCAUGAAAGUCAGGAGGCAGUGUGCCCUGGCUGCCCUGAGGGAUGUCAAACUCUACCUGACUGAGGAGGGCGGUCAGAUUGCGGUUUUUGAUGCCACCAACACCACACGGGAGAGGAGAGGGAUGAUCCUAAACUUUGCCAAAGAAAAUGGGUUCAAGGUGUUCUUCAUUGAGUCUGUCUGCAAUGAUCCCACUGUAGUAGCCACCAAUGUUAUGGAAGUAAAAUUGUCCAGCCCUGAUUAUCGGGACUGUAAUUCCACUGAUGCCAUGGAGGACUUCAUGAAGAGGAUCAACUGUUACCAGGCCAGCUACCAACCUCUUGACCCUGAUGACUAUGACCGGGAGCUUUCUCUCAUCAAAGUCAUCGAUGUUGGGCGUCGGUUCCUGGUCAACAGGGUUCAGGAUCACAUCCAGAGCAGGAUUGUUUACUACCUGAUGAACAUCCAUGUCCAGCCCCGCACCAUUUAUCUCUGUCGACAUGGGGAGAGUGAUUUCAACCUCAAAGGGAGGAUUGGAGGUGACUCUGGUCUUUCCAACAGGGGCAAGAAGUUUGCAGUGGCACUGAACAAGUUUGUAGAGGAGCAGAACAUGAAGGACCUUAAAGUCUGGACCAGCCAACUGAAGAGGACAAUCCAAACUGCAGAAGCUCUUCAGCUGCCCUAUGAGCAGUGGAAGGCACUCAAUGAAAUUGAUGCUGGAGUGUGUGAAGAAAUGACAUAUGAAGACAUCAGGGAUCAGUAUCCAGAGGAAUUUGCUUUACGUGAUCAGGAUAAAUAUUACUAUCGCUACCCAUCUGGAGAGUCCUACCAAGAUCUGGUGCAGCGCCUGGAGCCAGUCAUCAUGGAGCUGGAGAGACAAGAGAAUGUCCUUGUCAUCUGUCACCAGGCUGUCAUGCGUUGUCUCCUAGCAUACUUCCUGGACAAGAGUGCAGAUGAAAUGCCCUACCUGAAGUGUCCCCUUCACACAGUGUUGAAGCUGACCCCGGUGGCCUAUGGCUGCCGGGUGGAGUCCAUCUCACUGAACAUUGAAGCUGUCAAUACACACAGGGAACGACCAGAGGAAGCAAAGAAGGGACCUAACACGCUCAUGAGACGUAAUAGCGUUACCCCUCUAGCAAGCCCAGAGCCCACCAAAAAACCUCGCAUCAACAGCUUUGAGGAGCAUGUGGCUGUUUCUUCUGCCCUGCCAGGCUGUGUUCCUCAGGAAGUGCCCACGCAGAUGCCUGGACAACCUUUACUAGGGAAGGCAUGCCUAACAUGAACACCUCUCAGAAGCCAUCCUGACUCCCUUGGCGCUGUCUCCAGGCCACCAGCCAUGCCACCAGCUUCCCACCCCAUCUCCAUUCCUGAAGCUUGCUUAGAACCAACCCAUCUCCCCCCUCGCCGGCGAGGUCGACCCUCAGCUGUGUCCUACCCACGCCCGUUCAUCUGCAACCCUGGAGAGAUGCAGGAGAGCUGAGGAGAGGAACCCCGAGCUCCUUCAGGGUCACCACCAGAUCUUCCAGGCUCUGUGACGUUUGCUCUCCUCUCCACCAAUCCCCUUAGAUGGUAGCAAAGCUGCAAAAGUGCUUCUAGUGCACAAGAGUUUUCAUUUUCCGCUCUUUUUUUAAGUGGUUUUGAGCUUUUUCGGGACCGACCAUUGGGUUCCCAUCCCUCUGGGGUUGGGGUGUAGAUAUGUGGAUGGUGUGGGGUUUAGCAGAGAAACAGGGGAGGGAGAGGGGCAACAGAAGGGUUUUGCAUGAUUUUGUUUUAAAUUAUUAAUUCCUUUUUUUUUUUUUUUUUUUUUUUUUUUUUUUUUUUUUUUUUGAGAAAAAAAACACUGCAGCCUGUCCCACACACCCAGACCCACCAGUACCAGGAAGGCAGCUGUGGGAAGUCCUUCACACCAAGAAUUACUGGGUUUAAAAAAACAAAACAAAACAAAAACCCCACAAACAACUCAAAAAAAAGCCUUGCAGAGAGUGUAGAUCUUCCAAAAUCAGUCACAGUCUGCCUGUAGGGUAAGGGGCAGCCACGCUGGUGGUGGCUCAGGGUGAUGCUUUCAUCUCUGGGAGCACCUGGGGAAUGCUUCAGGUUCAGGCAUUUUUUUUUUUUUUUUGGUGAGACCUGAGCCCCAGCUAAGGUGCUGUGGUAGAACUUCACCUCCUCUUUCCUCUGCCUUGGAAGAAAGUGGGGAUUUUGGAGAGGGUUUGAAUCCCUGGUGGGCAGGGUGUGUGUGCAGGCACAGAUCUUGUGGAGGUGGCCAGAGUCCCUGUGUAGCUGUAAAAAGCCACAAGAAGGGACAGUUUUGCCUGUUCUCUUUUUUUGUUUGUUUGUUUUAUUUAAAUAUAUAUAAUACCCACACAAGAAUGUGUGUGUAUGUGUACACCUAGAAACCGCUUGGUUUUUGCACUUUAUUUGUGGCAGGAAUAUAACUAUUUUAUAUUUUUUUUUCAAGUUGUGCCCCUUAAGAGGGGAAACCUGAGUGAGGGCAAUUUUUUUUUUAUUUUGCAUGCUGGAAAGCUAAGAAUACAAAAAAAAAAAAGGUAGUUAAUGGUGUUGGAGGUGUGUGUGUGAGUGUGAAACGAGGUGAGUGACUGAAGACUCCAUCAGCCAGCUCCCAGUGGUUUGAUGCAUGAGAUCUCUUCUUGGCAGCCUGUCCUGGGCUGUGAGACAGAGAUUAAAAAAAUGGCAAUUAACCACUUGCUUUGUGCAAAAGUCUGUGGAUUUUUUUUUUAAUUUUUUUAAUAUAUAUGGGUGUUUUUUUAUAUAGGUUUUUGGGUUUGGGUUGGGUUUUUUUGUUGGUUUUUUUUUUUGUUUGUUUGUUUCUCCACUCCUACAUGCAGCAACAUCUUCAUCCCCAUCUCAUGCUUUUUGGCUCCCCAGCUAAGUUGGAGGCAGGAGGUGAAGGCAACACUGAGCUUGGGGAUUGGAGAUGGGCAAACCUUUAGUUUUACCCUUCCCAUGGCUUUCCCCAGCCCCCCUGAGCAGGAUUCUUCGUCAGGAGAAGAGAGUUUUGGGGGAGAAAGUAUGAUUGUUUCUCUGUGUCUGUGUGUGUGUGUAUUUUGGGUUUUGGAGGGGGUUUUGGUCUGUUUUUCCUUUGGGAAAAGGUGAACCACAGUGCCUCGUGCUUCAGUCUCAUGUAGCCAGAGCACAUGCUUGGAGCAGCACAGAUGGUGGGAAGGGGCUGAGACCAAGCUUGGUCCAUAUCUGACCAGGAGAGAUGGGCUCAGCAGUGCCCUCCCUGUGCCAGCUUGUUCAUAUUUGUAUAAUAUUCCUGUACAGAUUCAACACUUUUCACCAACCCCCCCCUCUCCCCCCUCCUUUUUUAUUUUCUUUAAUAACCCAUUAAAAGCAGCCAACUCCCUGUGGAUGCAGUUGACAUCUGCCCUUUAAUUUUCUCUGACUUGGAGAAAAAAAAAAAAAGAAUGUUUUGGGAAGGCAAGUCACUUUCAGUCUUGUCAGCCUCCUUCCUGGGGAGUUUUAUCUUUCUCCUCCUGCUAUGAAAAGAUAAGCCAGCAAAUGCAAACAUGACGUCUGGUUGCCCAGUGAUCAAUCCUGUACACAUGUAAUUCUGCAGAUGUUUUGAUGUGUGUUUAUGUGUAUAUAUUAUAUUAUAUAUAUACAUAUAUAUACAUGUGUAUAUAUAUAUAUAUAUGAAAAAAAAUCAGAAAAAAACCCCCUAACUUCCUGGCCUGAAACUUUCUUCCUUUGGCAAUAACAGAAGUUUCAGUAGGUCCUACAAAAAGAUGAACUUAAUGGGUUGGUUAUUUUUUUUUUCAGCAAGGGGAAAAUUGGUCUCCAGAGCACCAGAGAAUCUCUGUGCUGCUCAGAGUUUUGGGUGGAAGGUGGGAUGGUGGCAGCCCAGGAAUUCACUGCCCAUCAGUUUUGGUUUUCAGAGCCAAGAACUGGGCAGUGAGGCUGCAGCCAAGGUGGGUAGGUAGAGGAGACUUGUUGAACCACACCAAUGAUUUCUUCCCCUUCUUUUUUUUUUCCUGGUUUUGUUUUCCUUCGUGAUACUUGAAUUUAUUUUUUUUUUUAUUAGCAAAGCGCUUUUUAUUUAUUUAAUGUAUACUGCAGAGCUUGGAGAGAAGGGUAGUUGGGUUCUCUUGUUUUGGGUUAUUUUUGUUUUGUUUUUUGAGUUGUGGAAUGUUAACUGUUCUGUAUAUAUACAUCUGGAAUAAUUGCCUGAUGUAAAGCUGUGCCAGCUUAAAAACAGGGUAUGCCUUUCAGAAAUUUGUAUAUUUUGCAGUUGCUGGACCAAUAAAUACCUUGAAAUAUA